AUGACGACUCCGUUUCCUCUCUUACGUCUUCCAAGACUUGCACUACUUCCAGUUUUUGAACAAAUGGAAGAAAGGGAAAUAAUUACAUUCUCACUUCUUUCCAAAAGAUCCCAUAAUCUCUCAAAAAGUCUUCGUAAAUUAUCUGCCACGUCCAUUACACUGACCGUUGAGAGCGACAGUCAUCACCUAACAGCUUGUUUUAAAUAUAGAGAAGCAGUACCGCCUUUCUACUCGAAUUCGACGGCGUAUCAAUACAUUGUGUUUCAAAACGAAACGAAUCUACGAGAAAAAGUCGGGCUAUCACAAUCCCAAUGGAUCGAGCGAGUUCAAGAUGUGACAAAUUGUAAAUCGCUGAAACGCAUACAUAUCAACGGAGUUCCAGGAUUCGAUAUGUGCGAUGCACUUUCUUCGCUGAAAAAUAUCCGUGAAAUAUUCAUCGGACUCUGGUGUCCAAACAGUUUUGCAAAGAAAGUUCUAGAAAUCCUUUCUCCAGUUACCACUGAAAUCAAUAUCUGGAGAAUUCCAUUUGAGAGCAGAGAAGAGUUUAGGACUUUUCUGAUGAGCAACUUGAAUUUUUUGAAUGUUGACUCUCACGAAUUCUCGAGAUUCGCUCUUGAUGACUUUCUGGUUACCAACGCCCUCAAAGUGCGAUUGAGAGGAUUUAUGUUCUUUGCCAGAGUUGUCAGCCGAUUUCUUACAAAUUGGUUUCACAGCGAAUACAACUCUCGACUAGAACAUCUAACAUUGCGCAUAUUUGGUGUUUUCAAUGAAAGCGCCGUCUCCAGCCGCAUCGUGGUCAAGCGACACCACCAGACAUUGAUUUCUCAUUCAUUAAUGCCCUCUGCCACCUACCAAUAUUUAUUGGACUCUACGGAGACUCCCAGCUCAAACACAUCCCUGCAUUGUCUCCCUGAAGAUGUUUGUCUUCCCAAAGGGCACUCCAGCCGCGUUGCAGUCGUGAGUUGCGGUCUCCCCCCGACACCACCAGACAUUGAUUCCUCAUCUCAUUUGUACUCACUCUCCGCUGCCAAAAUGACGACUCCGUUUCCUCUCUUACGUCUUCCAAGACUUGCGCUGAUUCCUGUUUUUCAACAAUUGGAGCUUAUUGAAGUAAUCGCCUUCUCCCUAAUCUCUCAAAAAAGUUACAAUCUCUCAAAAUACCUUCGCAAAAAAACAUCUUUCCGCUACAUUGGUCUGGAAAUAGAGAAUAACUGCGUUCGUAUGAGGAUUGCUCUGACAGAUGGAUCAUCCCUAACACUGUAUUUCUACACAGAUGUCUUGACGACGGUAGAAGUGUUUUGUCCGUACAAAAAAAUUCAAUGGAAAAAUAUCGGAUUAUCUGCAGAACAAUGGAUUCAGCGAGUUUUCAAUAUAACAAAAUGUUCAUUUUUAAGUAAACUAUGGCUCAAUGGGACACCAGACAACAAUGUGCUCUCGUUUUUUAAUGUAGUUUCCAAUGUCUCUGACCUCCAAAUCUCGCUCGACUGCACAAACGCUUUUGCUACACAAGCACUGCAAAUUCUCUUGCCAGUCACUUCAUCGAUCACUUUGUUUAAAGUUCCCUUUUCGACUCGAGAAGAAUUCCAAAGAUUUUGGUUGAGGGAUGUGAAAUGUUUGACUAUCUACAACAAAAAUCUAUCGAGAUUUCAAUUCAACCUUAACUAUCUUCUAGUUUCGAAUGCAGUCAAACUUGACUUGAGAGAGAUCUCAUUGAGGCUGAGUGACCUCAACCGUUUCUUCUCACGCUGGUUAAACAAAAAAUCUAAUCAUCGGCUGGAGCAUCUGUCAGUGAAGUCAGUUGGGCAUUUCGAUGAAGACGUUCUUCUAAAAGGAUUAAAUGCUACUCGUUUUACAGAAAACCGGACUAGAGAAUUCUCGUUUUUUGAAUUCAAAGAAGUCGCUGGAGGGUUUGAUGUGAGAAAAAUAGAUGGAAAGUUGGCAGCUAUUACAUUUGGAAGUUGUUAUAAGGGAGCAUUCAUCAACUUUGACGCUUGUUUAUAG